UGUUGAAUUUACUUUUUGUUUUUUAGCUUUUCUUAACUUUUGUUUUUGUUGGGCUAUAGUUGGGACCUUCAACAGCUUAUUGUUAGAUAUGUCAAUGGGUCUUCCAUAAAAAAUUUUUGAGAUAAAUUGUCACCAAUUUUUUUUGUUAAUUUUUGCUUUAAAAUCUUUAAAUCUAUUACAUUUUUUCAGUUCUUUAUUUUCAAUCUCCAAAUAAAUUUUAUUUUCAAUCUCCAACUAAACUUAAAAAAUGACAACUGAACAAUUGAUCAAUCUUGCCUCUGCCAGUGAACAAGGAGAGAAGCCACAAGAAUUCUUUGCGGUGACGCCACUUAAGACGUGUCCACAUUUGGAACAAAUUGCGGAUAGCAAAUUGCCUUCUGAUGGACUCAACACUAAAGCUGCUUGCAACACAUGUUCAAAUACUGGCGAGAAUUGGGUGUGUCUUAAAUGUUUUGAGGUUAAUUAUUAA